AGUCUCCUAUCGACCGGCGCCUGUGGAGGCGCGGCGGGGCGGGGCGGGGCGCUGCCUUCACGGUCACCACAAAGUGCCGGCAGUGUUGUGCCGGAGGCGGCCGCCGGCGGGCGCGACCCUGACCCCGGGGGGCGACGGGCGCGGCCUUGAACCCGGGGCGACCGGUGACUGACCGCGAGCGACACCAGACAGAGAUGGCGCUGCGAAUUGGCCUGCGGCACCGGACGGCGCUGCUGACCCUGACUCUGACUCUGACUCCGGCGCUGUCAGCCGCCGCUAGUCCCGAUGACGACGGCCUGGUGGUACGCACCAACAAGGGACUGGUGCGAGGCACGCGGAUGACGGCCGCCACCGGCCGGCACGUGGACGCCUGGCUGGGCAUCCCGUUCGCCAAGCCGCCCAUCGGCCCGCUGCGCUUCAAGCACCCGCAGCCGAUGCACUCCUGGGCAGGGAUCCGUGACGCCAGGCAUCUGCCCAACUCGUGCUGGCAGACGGUCGAUGACUAUUUCGGUGACUUUGAGGGCAGUUCUAUGUGGAACGUGAACACGCCGAUGAGUGAGGACUGUCUAUAUUUAAAUGUGGUGGUGCCGCGACCGCGACCAGCACACCUGGCUGCCGUCAUGGUCUGGAUCUUCGGCGGCGGUUUCUACAGCGGCACCUCGACGCUGGAUGUGUACGAUCCCAGAAUCCUCGCGUCUCAGGAAGGUGUGGUCCUCGUGUCGUUCCAGUACCGUGUGGCGUCGCUCGGCUACCUGUACAUGGACACGCCCGCGGCGCCCGGUAACGCCGGUAUGUUCGACCAGCUGAUGGCGCUGCAGUGGGUGCAGGACAACAUCGCCGCGUUCGGCGGCAACCCGCACAACGUCACCCUGUUCGGAGAGUCGGCCGGAGCCGCCAGCAUUAACAUGCACCUGGUCUCUCCGCUGUCUCGCUCGCUGUUCAGCCAGGCGAUCCUGCAGUCGGGCUCGGCCACCAACCCCUGGGCAGUGGUCGACAAACGCGAGGCGGCGCUGCGCGGCCUGCGGCUUGCAGAAGCGGUCAAAUGCAACGAUACGAGUGCCUCGGCUUUAUUGGACUGCCUGCGCAGUACGGACCCUAAGACUCUGGUAAACUCUGAGGGGUUUAUGGCCGGCUACUGUGAGUUUGCCUUCGUGCCUGUGAUAGACGGCGCAUUCCUUGUAGAAUCGCCGAGCGCCUCCCUGACCAGCGGCAACUUCAGGAAGGUCAACCUCCUGAUGGGCAGCAACAAGGACGAGGGGUACUUCUACCUGAGCUACUUCCUGACCGAACACUUCCGGCUGCGUGACAAUCCGCCGGUGACACACGAGAUGUUCCUGGACGCCGUGAAGCAGCUGCACCCGCGGCUCACGCCCCCGGCCCGCUCGGCCAUCGCGUUCGAGUACACGCCGUGGGGCAACCUCACCAGUUCGGCACAUAUGCGUGACGCUAUCGACGAGAUGGCCGGCGACCGGCAGUUCACGUGCGGCGUGCAGCAACUGGCCGAGACGUACGCGCGCGCCGGCGCCGACGUCUACAUGUACCACUUCAUCCAGCGGAGCAGCGCCUCGCCGUGGCCGCGCUACAUGGGCGUGCUGCACGGCGACGAGAUCCUGUUCGUGUUCGGCGUGCCGCUCACCAAGCGAAAGCAGUACAAAAGACGAGAGGUCGAGCUCUCCUGCAAGAUGAUGCGCUACUGGGCCAACUUCGCCAAAACCGGCGACCCAAACGCUAGCGGCGGCGACUCGGACCACCGUCCUCCGCUGGACCGGUGGCCGCCGCAUUUAGCCACGGCGAAGAGCUACCUCACCCUCUCGGUCAACUCGUCAGCGGUCGGUGUGGGCCUCAAGACCCGGCGCUGCGCCUUCUGGCUCAAACACCUGCCGCGGAUACAGGCCGCCACUGAGAGGCCGCCGCCGGCCGAGCGGGUGCAGUGCGGCGACCUGGCCAGCACCAGAGGCGGCUCGGCCGGCCGGCGGGCGUCGGCCGCCGUGCGGGCUCCCCUGCCGGCCCUGCUGCUGGUCCCCCUGCUGCCACUGCUGCUGCGGACGUGUACCGACACCGGCAGCCGGGGCCGCGACUGACGGAGGGGAGUCGGGACAGCGGCCACCCCGCGCUGCGAGAUCAGCUGGGCUCCCCGCACCAGCUCCGGCAUUUCUAGUGACUCGAAUAGAGACACAGAAUCAGACGAUGGCCCAUUUCAGCCCGUGUAUUCCGGCCUACCCUGACAUGACAGCCGGCCAACCGGCCGGGUCACGGGGGGUCGGUCAGGGGUCAAGGGUCGGUCAGAGGGUCAGGGCGCUCUGCACCGCCGCCAGCCGACAGACACGGUUCGCUGGGAGUGGCAUACGGACAUUGUAUCCUCAUUGCCCGCCGCUGACGGCCCACGGCCCCGUAAACGUAGUUCAAAUGUUGUCACAGGGUCCGUCGAGCGGCCAGCCGCAGUGUGCCCUGGGGCCGCGUCCCGGGGGAGGUUAACGAUCGGGAAGUUAUCCGUGUCAGCGCCCGCCGGCUCCGCUGGUAGGCGUGCGUCUGUUGUGAUAUGAACGUUUUGUUUCAGUGGUGUCAAACUUUGCAGGGGUUGCGAAUUUAUUGUUCGUUUAAAUGAUCUACUAUAGUCGUGUUGAAUGUAACCGUAGUGUAGAAACGUC